GCUUUGCUUUCCAUAUGAUAUUGUAGAUGCAUCAUUGUGUAAGAUGAGGUAGCAUUAGUCAUCUGUGCAUAUAUAAUGUAUACGGAACUGUCGUGCCUUUAGUUGAACAGAUGCGGUUGUGCCUGAGGAUAUAUUUUAGAACUGUAACAGAAUAUUAAUUGAAACAGAAUAUUAACGCACAUAUAUAUACGACGUAUUUUAUUGUUCGCGAACUGUCGGUGACAGAUCUUUAAUAAUAUUUUCAAUUUCUACUGAAAAUUAUUACUUGACGGAAAAAAUACCUUAAGGCAUCACGAAUAAAAUGACUGGAGUGGAAGCUUUCAUUGGUAGCUGGCGGGAAGAGCAGAAGGAAGGAUAUGAGGAAAUGGCUACGGCCCUAGGUUUACCAGCUGAGAAGAAAGAUUUCUUUAAGAACGCGCGGACGGAAAUAACAUAUCGCCGUGCCGGCGACUUCUGGGAGAUUGACGUCGGUAUGCAGGGCGUCCCGCAAAAGCGAACCUUCAAAUUUAAGCCCGGAGAACAGUACGAAUCGGCCUCAUUGGAUGGCUCACCUAUGAAGAGUGUUGUAACAGUCGAUGGAAAUAAACUUAUCGAGAAACACAUAGACGAUAACUUAAAUGGGAUGGAUAUGAACAUUACCAGAUAUAUAGAUGGAGGCAAAAUGACAGUGGAAACACAAGUGGGCGAUUUUCAAAUGCGGUCAAAGUACAGGCGAAUAUAAACAUUUUCUUAGUAUAUUAUUCAAACAUAGAGAUUACAAACGUCUCUAUGAGCGGAUAUAUAUUUCAUGUUUUUUUUAAUAUAGCAUUGUGUCCCUACAGUGUAAUUCAUUCGACAGCGUAAUGGUGAUGUAUGUUGUCUGAUACCAAACAGCAUAUGAUCUACCUUUGGAUUUUAUCGUUUAUUUUUUGCAAAAUGUUUUGGCAAUUUUAAUCGGAAUAAAGUGUUCAGAUCUA